AGACUCUCCUAACCUGUUAUUCUCCGUUGUUCUGUUUUGGUUAUUCAUCUAUGCUAUUAGAUUAUCUGAUUUCUGUUUUCCGAACUGAAUAUGUUUAUCAGAUUAUAACAUUGAUCAUGAUUGUGAUAUUGACAUUGGAUAAAGAUGGAUUAGAUCGACGACUUGCUUAACAUAGUUAAGCGUCGAUCUAAUGCUAUCGGGCUAGUAACCCGAUAGCAUAUUAAUGUCGAUUCAUUUAUGGAUCGGCAUUAAUAUGCUAUCGGGGUAUUAACCUGAUAGCAUAUGUAAUGCUAUUGUUAUCAAGUUUAGUUCAUAAACAUUUUCGGGCGAUUAACAAAGCAUCAUAACUAAACGCUGCUUCAACCGAGUGUUUAAGUAUUAAUGUUAGUUACCAAACGUAACAUAGAUCGGGAUGUGCAAUAUGAAAAGGCACCGAUCAAUAGGUGCCUUGAUCGGUCAUGUCUAAAUGACAUGACCGGUCAAGACAUCUAUUGACCGGUCCUCUAAACAUAUAAAGCCCGACAUGAAUCAUUUGGAGAAGACAUAGAAAACAUAAAUGAUCUCUCUGCUUCAGCCUGCAAACGAAACAAUAAGAAUAUUAGACAAUAUAAUCAUAUAAUAUUCUCACAUAUAUAAUAAGUUCUUUUAUUGUGAUUGAAUAUAACUUUACAGAUACAUCUAUGCAAAUGGAUUGUCUUUCAAUGUUGUUUGCUCGCCAUAUUGGCAAGAAACAAUGCAAAAAUCUAAUGAGAUUCCAAUAGGGUAAAAAAAAUUCGUAAAAGAUUUAUUAAAGUGCAUUGAGGAUUCAUGGGUUGAGACAGGGUUGUACAUUGUUUCCAAUGGAUGGAAGGAUGCCAAAAAUUGUCUCUUGAUCAAUGUGAUUGUAGUGUCCCUUAAAGGAACAAUGCUUUUGAGAGCCAUGGAUAGUGAGGGCAAUGUUAAGGAUGCCUAAUUUAUCACCAACAUCCUCAUAGGGGCCAUUGAGGAAGUGGGGCCUCGUAAUGUUGUUUAAGUCAUAACAUACAACAAAAAAUUGUAAACUGGUUGAUUUGCUGGUUGAGGAACAUUCUUCACACAUCUUUUGUACACUUUGUAUUAUCCACUCCUUCAAACGUGUGCUUCAAUAAGUUAGCACCAAAAUUGAUUGGAUCAAAUAAAUGGAUGCCAAGGCCAAAGAGAUUCGGAGGUGUUGAAGUUAAGUGAACUAAUAUAAAAUUGUGUUUUACUUGAAGUUUUUUUUCUUGAUUAAUUAGUUAAAGGCUUUAUUGGGGUCCUUGUCCUUGAAAUAUAAAAGACAAUACAUGAAGAAAACGGCUAAAUGCCUCAAAUAGAAGCAUAUCAAGAAAAGCCUAUGGUUGUCCACAAAAGCUAGAUAGUAGAUAACAAUUAUACUGCUAUGCACAAAGAUCAUGUAAAUGUCACCUAAUUAUAACCAAGAAUACAAAUAAAAAAGUAAUAACAGCACUAAACUUAACCAAAAUAUGAAGAGACUAGACUACCACAGUAGGCAACAAAAGGGGGCUUCUCGCACCAGCAAACAGUUAGUUUACACCUCACUGCUCAACCAUAAACAAUCUGGACCUCUCUAUUCUGCAAUUUCUUCUACUAAUUUUUUUAUCUAUAGUGGCAAAGAAAAAUCUUCAUAGUAGUUUGCGAGAGUCAAUUUGAGCAGUGAAAUUCUAAUCUUUUCCUCCUCAAUAAAAAAUUGCUAGCUUUUACACAAUCUUUUUUUUUUAGUAUUUUACCAUGGCCUUUGAUUUAGGUGGAUUGUGAAUACCCAUCCUAGCCUCCCUAAGUAUAGCAUUGUAAAGUCUUUUGUGAGAGCCAAUUUGAGGAGUGAAACUCUAAUCUUUUCCUCCUGAAUAAAAAAUGCUAGCUUUUCCACAUAAUCUCUUUUUAGUAUUUUACCAUGGCCUUUGACUUAGGUGGAUUGUGAGUACGCAUCCUAGCCUCCCUAAGUAUAGUGUUGUAAAGUCCAACAGUUGAGUUGAUUAUAUUUAAAAACUGCUUCUAGGCAUUUGUUAGAGACGAUUUGUUGAUGCCAUGGAUCCCUUCAUGCCGAAGCCUUCUUAUGUGCCAUCCCUACAACAACAAAAGCACCAAGAUAUCCCACAUAACAUCAAUCAAACAAUUAGCCAAAUAGAAACCACUGCCUCAAAUGCCAAGAAACAGGAACUACACGCCUUCAUAUAAUUGUCCACACAUGCCACAAUAAUAAGAACAAUACUGCACAAUACUUCUAGAUAAGCGCCUCAAAUGCUAGUGAUAUGAUAGAGUUCUGUAUGAGGCUGUUAGAUUUGACACAAAUCCAGCUUCAGUAGUCAUGACUUGAGGUAUAAACUCCUUCAAGCUAGCAUAAUAUUGCCAAUUGCAAUUAUCAUAUGCAAAGUAGAUAACUUCACAAAGGUUCCAUAGUACUAUAGAAGAAACUAAACAUAAGUUUCAAAUGGGUUUAAAUUUGAGAUGCUUAUUGAUUCCAUCCCAAGAAGAAGAAAGGUGGCUGAAAAGAGCUGUUAUAGAAUUAUGCCAAGAAAUCUUCCACGCUAUUAACAUUACGUUUGUGUGGAUGGAAACUGAUUUUGAAAAAAUUGUAGCUUACUACAAAGCUUCCUUAACUUAUCUCCUAAGCUUUCUCCUUAAUGAACAGCAUUGAUUAGAAGAAGGGAGUCCCCUUCUAGCUUUAAUUUUUCGUAACCAUUAGAAGCUAUAGCAGAUUAACUUGCCACAAGGGCAUCGCCUUCAGUUUCAUUCUUCAAUUUUACCCUUAGGAAGAAAGUCUCGAUAUUUGAAAUCACCUUGAUCAUUACACAAAAUGAACCCAACACUUGUAAUCCUUGAUUUAACCUAAAGGCUCCAUGAAAAUUCAAUUUAAAAAUAUCUCAAUUAGGGGAGGAAUUCAAUAUUCCUCUAAAUUUUUUUGCUUCUCCAUAUCAACUAUGCUACUAGUAUUGUUGUUUCUUAACCCACUAAUGGAGUUUAGUAAUUUUUUCUCUAAAAACUUGAGUGUGUUUUAUUUUUUUUUAAUUUUUUAAUAUUUUAAUUUGAAUAGGUUGUUGAGAUCCAUUUUGCCUCCAACACAAUUGUCUUGAGACAACUUGUGAAGGUAGUAUAUGAUCCUAGAUGAAACUUGGUGGCAUUGUAUGGAACAUCUUAUUAGAUUCAUUGGCAUUAUUGACAUGGAUAAGUCUUAUUUGUGAGAGAUAUAUGAUGGCAUUGACUCUAUGAUUGAGAAGAUGAAGACCUUAAUAAAUGGGAAAGAACAAGAUUUUGAAGAAACUUUCCUCAAACAAGUGUACUCAAUUAUUUUUGUGAGAUGGAAGAAAAUGACCAACCCACUACAUUUUGUCUUUGCAUUGUGUCCAAAUGGGAUCAUUUUUGUGAUGAUGAUGAUUGCAUCAUAGACAAUUCCUUGAUCUUGAUCUGGAGGAUGUAGUAAUGAGUGAACUUAUUGAUUUUGUACAUUUGAUGAUCAAAACCUUUCCACUCUUUGUGACAAGUUUAAGGAGGAUUGUCAUAGUUGGUGUCCUCCCAUGGCUAAGCAAUACAAUACUUACAACCUCUUGUGAUCAUAGUGUUAUUGCACGUAGGUUUAUAAAAAAUUAAAAGACAAAACAUUUUUCAAGUUUGGAGUCUCAUUAUCAUUUUAAAUUUUACAAGUCUAACUCUUUUACUUUACCUCAAUAGGCUGCUAGUUCUUCUGCAUCUAAAUGGAAUUGAAGCACACACCCUUUGACUCUGCAAAGCACAAUUUUGUACUCAAGAAAGGUAGAGAACUUAGCAUAUGUGUCUUCCAACUCGCGCUUCUUUGUACAAAUAAGAUGAUUAUGAGGAAGGGGACUUAAAGAGGAGUUCUUCCAGAACAGGACUUCCAAUUUUUCAAAAUCCAUUCAUUCAGAUCAACCAAGCUUGGCCAAAACAUUUGAAACUGUCAAGUAAAGGUAUGAUCCAUCUGCCCUUUGGCUUCUAGAAUUUCUGCUUCAAACUCUCACAAUUUUAUAUCCUCAAGCUGAAUCCAUAAUCAGAAGAAAAUACAUUUCCUGUAUUGGGAAGGUCAGGAUUGGACCAAGCAUUUGAAAAUUAUUUCCUGGAUUCAGUUGCCGUGGAAAAUACAAGCAUUUGAAGUUUGCAAACAAAAUGGCUUGUGAGCAUUGUGAAAGUGCUAACUGGAAGAACCUCAGUUGAAAAACCAUGCUGAGGGCACUUAUUGAUUCCAUGGGAAGAAAGGGAUUCCUCUACCUUAAAAAUGCUGUUUUACCUGGAAAAGAGGUGCACAAAGACUUGCUUUCUGGGAAAUCAACAGAGGCACAGACAAACAGAGAAUGAUCAAAACUGUUUGAGCUAGCAGAUGCCAAAUACAGGGGAGGGAGGCCAGAGGCAAUUGAAGAACCUGCACGAAGCAUGAUUGUGUGAAAGAGAAAUGAAGUGAUGGGAAUGCUUUCGAAUACAAAUAUUUCCUGCAUCAUGCUAACGUUGUCCAUCCAUAGAAAUUUGAUUAAAUUUGUAAAAAAAUAUUUUGAUUCGGGCAAUCUGUCAAGUUGCCAACCAUAGUUUAUCUAACUAAUUUGCUCCAGAAGGCUAUGAAUGAAGGAUUCUGAUAGUGCAAAUGAGUUAAAUCAAAAUGUAUAAGAUGAUUCCUGUAUUUAAACACUUACAAUUAUAUAAAUCCUAAAAUUAUUACUUUGUGUAUGCAGAAAAACAUAGGUUGGCAUCUGGAGCCUUUUGAAUACUUCUUAGCACAUGUCAAAUCUGGGUGAAGAUGGAUGUAUACGAGGCCAUAUUGUGGACAUUGUGAGAUUAGUACAAAUGAUGCCUAUAGUGCAGACAAGAUACGGCACCUCCAUUACUUGCUCUCUUUGGUUCUUCCUGUGCUGAGGCAGAUUCACCAUGAGCAAUGCAUAGAACAGGAAGUGGAGGCCAGAAUCCAAGGAGCAACAGCAAAGCUGGAAGUGCCCAAGGCCAAUGUCAAUAUGGAUGAAAUGCUUUAUUGUGACAAUUGCUAUGCUUCAAUUGUCGAUUACCACAGAAGCUGCCCAAGCUGUUCUUAUGAUCUCUGUGUCACAUGUUGUCAAGAACUUCGAGAAGGCUGCAAACCAGAAUGUGAAGAAGCCAAUGUAUCCCAUCAGCAUCCAACAAAACAAAAAAGCUUGAAAUUGCUGAAUGGAAGACCUAGCUGGGAGCUUCAGCCCCACUGUGCAAAAAACAUCUUGGAGCCUUCACACAUGCUACCUGAUUGGAAAGCCAAUAAUAUUGGUAGUAUUCCUUGCCCACCAAAGGAGUAUGGUGGUUGUGGCAGUCAUUUAUUGGUUUUGAAGCGCAUCUUCAAAAUAAAUUGGAUUGCCAAACUUAAGAAAAAUGCAGCAGAAAUGGCAAGUAGCUGUAAAGUUCCAGAUGCUUCAAACAUUUUUAAGCCAUGCACUUCUUGCUUCAAAUCAGAUUCUUAUGCAAAGAAUGCAUUAUCUGAUGGUAAGUUGCGUCAAGCAGCAUAUAGGGAGUCUGGAAAUGAUAAUGUAUUGUACUGCCCAACAGAACACGAUAUCAAGGAUGAGGGCUUUGAGCAUUUUCAGAAGCACUGGCUCAGAGGUGAACCGGUGGUAGUUCGAAAUGUGUUAGGACAUUCAUCAGGUGUGAGCUGGGAUCCCAUGAUGAUGUGGCAGGCUGUGCAGGAGACUAAUGGAAAGCUUAAGGAUGACACAAAGGUGAAAGCCCUUGACUGCCUAGAUUGGUCUGAGGUUGAGAUCAACAUUAACCAGUUUUUUAAAGGGUAUUUAGAGGGUCUUACUCGUAAUGAUGGCUGUCCUCAGAUGCUAAAGUUGAAGGAUUGGCCUCUUCCAAAUUUCUUUGAAGAAUGUUUACCGCAACAUGGAGCUGAAUUGAUUAGUAUGUUGCCCCUUCCAGAGUAUACCCACCCCAACGAUGGUAUUUUUAAUCUGGCAUCAACACUUUCUCAUUGUGGUGGCUUGAAGCCUGACUUAGGGCCAAAAACAUAUAUUGCUUAUGGGACUCGUGAAGAACUUAUUAGAGGUGAUUCAAUCACAAUGUUGCAUUGUGAUAUGUCUGAUGUGGUAAAUGUUUUGUCACACACUGCUGAGGUCAAUUUCGCAGAUUGGCAAGGAACCAAGGUUGAGAAAACACGGGAAUCCUUCAAAUCAUUAGAUUUGAAAGAGCUCCACUUAAACUUGGAUGAACUGGGCAGCAGUGUCAGGCAAGAAGAUUCAAGGAAGUCAGCUAGAAAAGAAGAAUCUGAAGCAAAAGAAUAUGAUUUAUUAGGUUCUGAUUGUGUUACUGACAUCAACUACCCCUCACCACAAGAGACUGAAGUUAAUGCAGCAAAGUCAAAUGGCUCACGAAAGCAUGAAUACUAUUAUGAUUGUAAGGCAAAUGGUACAGUGAAGUCAGGAAUGGAAGAAAAGGUUGCCUGCAAGGAGGGAAAGAGAGAUGGAAUAUUUGGAGGAGCUCUUUGGGAUAUUUUUCGUAGACAGGAUGUGCCAAAAUUACGAUGUUAUUUGCAAAAAUACUGGAAAAGGUUUAGUCAUAAUAAUGCCCGCUGCGUUGAUUCUAAAAUAAAUCCCUUUCAUGAUCAAACAAUAUUCUUGAAUGAAGAACAUAAGAAGAAGCUGAAGGAGGAAUUCUCUGUGGAGCCAUGGUCGUUUGAGCAACACCUUGGUGAAGCAGUUCUUAUUCCAGCGGGAUGUCCUCACCAAGUUAGAAAUUUGAAAUCAUGUAUAAAACUCGCAUUCAACUUUGUUUCUCCGGAAAGUGUCCAAGAAUGUGUUCGUUUGACAGAGGAGUUCCGCUUGCUUCCAAAAAAGCAUAUGGCUACAAAAGAUAAUUUGGAGGUGAAGAAACUGACACUUACUGCAGCCAGUUCAGCCGUUAGAGAGAUUAGGAAGUUGACACUGGACCCAAAAUGCUUGAGCCUUGGAGAAGAGAAUCCAAAUCUGACAGAUUUGGUUCUACAAAAUCUGGAAAAUAUGAAUAAAAGAAAGAGAGAGACCAGCUGAAUGUAUAUAUCCUUAUUCGUUUAUUGUAACCUGGUUAGUUUUAAGGUAAAAUGUAAAUUCAUGUGCAUUAUAGCCCAAGGUUUUGAGAUAUAAUAAAUAGAAAUGUAUUGGUACCCAUUCAAGCAGAUUGGUAGUGCAAAAAUCAAGCAUUCUUUCUACAGAGUAUCGACAGAUCCAGUUUUGUUUAUUUUCAUUCAUGUUUAUGUCCACCUCCACUUGAUUACAGUUUAGUUGGUGUUGAUCUUCUCUUCAAGUACUCAAAGGGAUUGCUUUCCUAGUACAAUUGCUGAGGGACCUUUGCUGAGACGAGCUUAAUAUGCUGAAGCUAAAGAAGUCUUAGAUGUGAGGGUUGCAUAAUUGUUGAUAAGUAGAAAUGCAAAAUCUCAUUUCAGCAUGAUACAAAUGGUUUAAUGAAAUUAUGAUGGCAGGUUAAGGAGAAUAGAAGGGGCGUGGGAUAAAUUCUGAUUGGCAUGUUGAGAACGUGUAUGAUAAUAGAGGACAUUAUGCAAGUGAAUAUAGCUACUGGAAAAACAUAUCCGGGAAAAAAAGAUGUGGUAUUAUGGAAAAUUGGAGAUUAAGCAAAUAGAAACUUGUGAAUAGAGCACAUGGAAACUUGCAUGUUUGAAUCUGUUUACACAAUCUAGAUCAAACUAAAGCAACUUGCUACUGACAAGUUUCAAUGCCUUUUCACAUGCUUGAUGGUUCUUCAAAUUUAAUAAAAUUCCCAAGACAGAUUGAUGUUAUUGAAA